CUUCGAAAAAAGCCGGACCGCAACACACAGAUUAGGAUAUUGUUUCUCUAUACCACCAUAAGUAUCUUGUUGGCUCAGCUUCUUUGCCUUCAAGUUCUACAAUCAUGAUGGCCACAUUGCACCGUUUCGAGGGUGCUGCCCUCCUGGUGCAGCAAGUUGUCAAGGACGUGCCGGCGUGGAAGUUAUGUGCUUAUGUGACACUGUUGUUCCCACUGUACGCUAUUACGAUGGGGAUUUACAAUCUCUUCUUUCACCCCUUGAGGAAUUUUCCUGGACCGAAGAAGGCAGCUCUAUCGAAUAUAUGGUACUCGUAUAUAUGGCUUAGCGGGAGGUACCCGCACAUAAUCCACGCUCUUCAUGAGAAAUAUGGCUCCGUCGUCCGCGUAGCCCCGAACCAAUUGUCCUACAACACCAGCUCCAGUUGGAAAGACAUCUACACCAAUUACGGCAAUCGUCAAACCUUCCGCAAGAAUAGCUUGUACGACAGAGACAAACUAGACCCUGUAACAAACAUAUCACGAGAGCCCGAUCCCGUCAAGCAUAACCAGAUCAAAAGAUUGUUUUCUAAUGCGUUCUCAAUGAAGUCACUUACUGAACAGGAACCGAUUGUGCAGGAGUAUGUUGAUUUACUAGUAUCGCAGAUUGGAAAGCACGGUACCGGGGAGGAUGGGUUGGACAUGACCAAGUGGUAUAAUUAUUGCACUUUUGAUAUAAUUGGAGAUUUAGCAUUUGGAGAGGGCUUCGAUGCUACAAAAGAAGGCAAGACCCCUCCCUUACCAACCUCUAACUCCCCGACUUCCGUCUAUGCCAUCAGCUUCAUAAAUGUGACUGGUCGUUUCCCCUGGCUAUCCAAGUUUGUCCCGUCAAUCACCCCAGCAGAGAUAGUAGAACGCCGCCAGAGACACAUCAAUUAUGGCCGCGACAAAGUCAACCGUCGCGUAAAAUCCGACAACAAACGCAAAGACUUUCUUACUAAUGUCCUAGAAAACUAUCGUGACCAAAUUUCUGAUGCAGAACUUUACUCGAACGCUCAAGUCUUCAUCGUCGCCGGCAGUGAAACCUCAGCCACAACCCUCUCAGGCCUAACCUACUACAUCCUCCGCAACCCACGCACCUACCAGCGCUUGGUCAGCGAGAUAACCUCCUCCUUCACGUCCUAUUCAGAAAUUAACUCCGUAACCGCCGGAAGGCUAGAAUACGUCGGAGCAGUAAUUAACGAGACCCUCCGUAUGUACCCGCCCGUCCCUAUCGGUUUGCCAAGGCUCUCUCCGGGGGAAACUGUGGACGGGCAAUUUAUCCCUAAGGGCGCCCUGGUCAGCACGAGUCCGUGGGCUUCUGGACAUUGUUCAAAGAAUUUUCACGAUCCGUGGACGUUCAAGCCAGAGAGGUGGCUAGAUGGGGAAUGCGAAGAGAAAGAUAUUAGGGAGGCAAGUCAGCCGUUUUCGCUCGGACCGAGAGGUUGCCUUGGGAGGAACUUGGCACUCAUGGAACUGAGACUCAUCAUUUGCAAAAUGCUUUUCACGUAUCAUCUAGAGUUGCUGGAUACGAAGCUGGAUUGGGAGAGGGAUAGUACUGCAUAUAUCCUUUGGGUCAAGCCGGAUCUGAGGGUUAGGUUACACAGGAGAUAAUCUAGCUAUCAUAAUAUCAUAGUUCGUUCGGGGAGGGAAAUAGGAUGGAAUAUCAAUGGUCUUAGCUCCCAAA